ACGGACUGAACAACUCGACUGAAGUUCGUACAUUAAACAUUUGUCCCAUUUGCAGUCAUUAUGUCUCGCCCGAUGAACGACGAUGAGGUCCUGGCCGAGCUGAAUAAGAUGGUCGCUUUCAUAAGGCAGGAGGCGAUGGAGAAAGCUCGAGAAAUACGGGUGAAAGCCGAUGAAGAAUUUGCUAUCGAGAAGGCCAAGCUAGUUAAGCAAGAACAACAAGCUAUUGAUGCGCAGUUCGAGAAAAAGCAAAAGGGCUCAGAAAUUGCUCAGAAAAUUACUCAAUCGAACUUGACCAACAAAUCGCGUCUGCAAGUUUUACACUGUCGCGAAGAACAGUUGCAAGACUUAUUUUUGGCUGCGCGUUCAGAAAUCCUCACGUUUGCGGAAGACGAGGGCAGAUACACACAGUUUCUGGAGGGAGUGAUUGUACAGGGUUACCUCCAACUGUUGGAGCCUAAUGUUACAUUGCACGCUCGUGAACGUGAUGCUGACGUAGUAGCGCGCGCAGCGGAAUCAGCGAGCCAGGUGUACAAUGAACUCAGUGGCAGAACAGUGAAAUUCGAAGUGGAGACUACUUUGAGUAAAGAAUGUGCUGGGGGUAUCAAGCUCACGAGCGGCACACGACGAAUCAAUAUUGAUAACACUCUGGAUGAACGCCUUAGGUUGCUAGAAGACAGGGUGUUGCCUGAAAUUCGCAAGGAUCUCUUUGGUCCCAACGAGAACCGGAAAUUCUACACAUGAAAGCAGAAGUGGCUGGUUUUAUUGUGCCUGCACUACAUACCAUUCCUCGUCGACGGCGGAGAAGCCUUAAUGAGAUAACAUUUUUACACUGUUACUAAUACAGAAGUCGAGAACCGUGUUGU